AUGACAACAUCGAAUAAUAAUAACAAUACUGAUUCAUCACAAAACCCUCCUCAAAUAACUACUACUAUCAAUUCAUUCGAUGAUUGUCAUACAGAAUACAGUCAAACAGUAAAACCUAUAUUAGUAUCAUCGACUAAGACGUUACGAAUUCGUCAAGAUCAGAAUGUAUUAAAACGUAAAUCAAAAUCAACAGUAAUUACUCAUGUAAUUGAUGGUUGGAUAAUUCAAGAGAGUUUAAAACCAUUUCAACAACAAGAGAAUAAGUCAUCAUCAACGAAAAAACAAGAACAACAAAUUUUUGCUGAAAACUCAAAUGUUCAUCAAUGGAGUAUUGAUGAAGUUUGUUCAUUUUUCGAACAUGUACUUGGUAAAAAUUGUUAUACACCAAUAAUCAAAGAACAUCUUAUUGAUGGAACAGCUCUUCUUCUUCUACAAGAAGGACAUUUGAGUAAUACUUUCAAAAUGCCAGUCGAACUUCGACUUAAAUUACUCAAUAGAAUUAAUAAACUUAAAUAUGGUGAUCUUUCUCUAUUGUGA